AUGGCGUCUGCACACCACAGCUUUCGCAGCCUUUCGCUAGACUCGGGGUCGAAGCCCCCUGCCUUGCAGCAGGAGGCGAGUCGCGCCUUAGGUCUCUACGACGACCCUGGCGAGCUCCUUAAUCCGCUGGACCAGGGCGCGUUCUUCAGCGCCGUGGCUGCUGGUAACGUGGACGGCGUCGCAGCGCUUCUGAAGCAUAGGAAGGUUGACAUUAACGAGUACAACGGACAGGGCGUGACAGCUAUCUUUGUCGCAGUCUACAACUUCGAAUCAUCCCGCUGCGUCAGCAUGGCGAAGCUUCUCCUAGACCACGGCGCCAAGGUCACCGUGCGCGCCGUGGACUCCCCCGCUGCCAGCAAGCUGUGCUACCUCAAGCAUGAGUCCCCUACGGGGAGCCCGGGCAGUCCCAGGAGCCCCAGGAGCCCCAGGGGCAUGGCGGCAGGGAGGAAGGACGAGACGCGCAAGGUCUCAGUGGCCAACAAGACACCUCUUCUGCCUGUGAUUGAAGGGCUGGGACUGUCGCCACUACGGCGCGAUGCUGCACCUGCUUGGGUGAAUCAAUACCAUGUACUGUUAUCCCUCUUCACCACUCUUCACCACUUGUCGCUACUCUCCAUCCUUCUCCACCCACAGGUGGCACUGGAGCUCAAGUCUAGCCUGUAUCUGAAGGGCUGGGACUACCGCCAUUGGGAUGCCAUGCUGGACCUGCUUGCUGACGCGACAGUUGCUGAGCUGGCAGGCCACCCGUUCCAUGGGCCGGGGCCGGCGCAGCUGCCAGCUGUAGCAGACGGCUGGGCGGCGGUCUUUGGCAGUGGAGGGCAUGAGCUGGUGGAGGUGUGGGCUGAGGGGAAGCACAUUGAUGUGUUGAAGAUGCUUCUGGUGGUGCAGUCUAAGGUAUGGGCGGAGGGGAAGCAUCUGGGCGUGCUGAAGAUGCUGGUGGUGGUGCAUUCUGAGUUCGAGCUUGAAAAAGCGGCGGCAGUGAGUCCGGGCAGGCUGGAGAUCACAGACGCCUCGUUCAACGUGGUCAAGGCGGUCAUGGAGUUUCUGUACACUGGCCACGUCAGCAGGGAGUUCAUGGGACACAGAGGCGUUGACCUGCUGCUGGCUGCUCAUAAGUACGAGGUGUUUGCGCUGCAGAAGCUGUGUGAGGAGCAGCUCGAGCCCACGCCAGAGAGUUGGAUCAAGAUGCUGACUGCAGCUCUGGAGUGUGGCGCCGAUGCAUUGGUGCUGAAAGUGGCGAGGUCUAUUCAUGGAGUCAUGAACACACGCCAUGCCACGCGCCUCUUUGUCAAGCAGCCCUUUUCCGCCUCCAUCCACCCCGAGGGUGGCCCGGCACAGCUUCCCCUCAUCGAUGAUGCUGGCGUCGAGGAGGAGGUGGAGGUGAAGACAUUGUGA